AUGGCGUCUACUAGCCGUUUGGAUGCUCUUCCAAGAGUCACCUGUCCAAAUCAUCCUGAUGUGGUUUUAGUGGAGGACUACAGAGCUGGUGAUAUGAUAUGUCCUGAAUGUGGAUUGGUUGUAGGUGACCGAGUUAUUGAUGUGGGAUCUGAAUGGAGAACUUUCAGCAAUGACAAAGCAACAAAAGAUCCAUCUCGAGUUGGAGAUUCUCAGAAUCCUCUUCUGAGUGAUGGAGAUUUAUCUACCAUGAUUGGCAAGGGCACAGGAGCUGCAAGUUUUGAUGAAUUCGGCAAUUCUAAGUACCAAAAUCGGAGAACAAUGAGUAGUUCUGAUAGGGCAAUGAUGAAUGCGUUCAAGGAGAUCACUACCAUGGCAGACAGAAUUAACCUCCCUCGAAAUAUCGUUGAUCGAACAAAUAAUUUAUUCAAGCAAGUGUAUGAACAGAAGAGCCUGAAGGGAAGAGCUAAUGAUGCCAUAGCUUCUGCUUGUCUCUAUAUUGCCUGUAGACAAGAAGGAGUUCCUAGGACUUUUAAAGAAAUUGGAGACAUUGCUGGUGUUGCUGAUGUUACAAUCAGACAGUCCUAUAGACUUAUCUAUCCUCGAGCCCCAGAUCUGUUUCCUGCAGACUUCAAAUUUGACACCCCUGUGGACAAACUACCACAGCUAUAA